CGGUGAUGGAGGGAAGCUUGUGCAGCAAUCAUGAGACUGAAGGCCAGUGAGGGGGCGGAACUUCCAGCGUGCAGGAGCUCCUCACAUCCUCUGCAUCACCAAAGAAAAGUCAGAGUCCCCGCUGCGGGUCUGAGGUGACCGAUCACAGCGUUAGUAUGGAGCAGUGACAGGCAGGUGGCACACCUGUAGAGUAGGAAAUACCUCGCUGUUUAUUUUCUUCUUCGGUGGUCAGCUGGCAUUCCUCAUUCUCUCUCCAUCAACCAGGGCUCUGAUUGGCUGAAGUCCCUAGGGAUGGCUGGUCGGCAGCCAUGAUGGCAUCCAUCAGGGGAACAGGAAAUAUCAGCCUGUUGGGGUUUCUCUUGGGUGUAUUCCUGGUUCAUCCUGAAGGGGCGGUUUCUCUGGAGCUGCUGCCAUCAGCCUCUGAAGUUCUGGUCCCCUCUAACUCCAAUUACACAGUGGAGUGUUUGGGGUGGAGUGAGGUGAAGUGGCAUUUUCCUCAGGACCCGCCAGUAGAUGGGGUCCUCUUGGACAAUCGAGGCUCCAUGAGCAUCCUGCAUCUCUUUAACAUCACAUGGAGGAAUUCUGGGAGAUACACCUGUGAGGAGCCAUCAUCUGAUCAGAGCAGAAAUGUUGAUGUCUUUGUACCUGGACAAGGUCCCGAUGAAUGGUUUGUCCCAUUGGAUCUGGGUGUGGUGAUGAAGGAGGGUGAGGAAGGCACAAUUCCCUGCAUGGUGUCCAACCCGAACCUCAAUGUCUCGCUGUACGAGCGCCCCAGCAGGAGGCUGAUAAGCGGGGUGACAUAUGAGCCGGGGCGUGGCUUCACGGGUCACCUCAAUGACACAUCAUACAUGUGCAUCGCCACAAACGGAGCUGAGGAGAGGGAGUCGCAGACGUACUACGUCUUCAGCAUUAUAGUCCCAAAGGUCAUGGAGGUGGACCUGACGGUGUCCAGCAGUGUGCUGAAGCAGGGCGAGGUCCUCACAGUAAACUGCACAGUUAAAGACACAGAGAUGGUGUUCUUCUCCUGGGGCUUCCCCCGCAGACAGGAAAUUGAGCCGCUGACGGACUUCUUGCCCAAUCAGAUCCGCUCCUUUGUUAACAUCACUGCAGCAACAGUGGCAGAUUCAGGUGUUUAUAGCUGCACGGUGCAGGAGACAACACAGGGACAAACUGUGAUGAAAAAUAUCACAAUAACAGUGCUGGACCGAGGUUACGUUUACCUGUGGCCCUCAGGUGAGACCAAUGUGUCAUCUCUCCUCCAUCACACGCUGGAAUUAAGUGUAGAUAUUGACGCCCACCCCGCCCCCACCAUCAUCUGGACGAGACAGAACCAAUCUGUUGCCACAGAAACCUCUACUAUCAACACCACACACCUGUCAGACAGCCGGUAUGUGAGCACACUGACGCUGGUGCGCGUGCAGAUGGAUCAGACAGGAAGUUACACCGCAACUAUUUCCAAUGAUGACGACAUCAGAGAGGCUACAUUCAACCUGGAGGUACAAGCUCCACCCAGGAUCACAUCCCUGUCAGAGGUCAGGAGUAACGCUGUGCUGUGUGUGAGCGAGGGAGCUCCAUCCCCCUCUGUUACCUGGUACACCUGUUCCAGCUCACACAGAUGCAAUCAUUUGAAUGGCGAGUGGAGGAGCCAAUCAAAAGACUCAGAGGGCAUGACGCUACAGGAGAACAUUACUAUGGUGGCAGAGAGAGGCGUCUCCCAGGUAAACAGCAUGCUGACCCUCCAGACUCUCAGCUCUCUGUCGGCCGUUCGCUGUGAAGCCACAAACUCGGUGGGCAGACAAGCGAAGGACCUGCGAGUCCUCUCCAGCUCUCUUCUGUCUCAGGUGGUGGUCUUAGCAGUAGUCCUGGUGUUGGUCAUCAUUGCUGUCAUCUUCCUCAUCAUCCUCAUCAUCUUAUGGAGGAAAAAACCUCAUUAUGAAGUUCGUUGGAAGGUGAUCGAGUCUGUGAGUCCUGAUGGACAGCAGUACACCUACCUCGACCCCGCCCAGCUGCCCUACAGCCCAACCUGGGAAAUAGACAGAGACCAUGUAGUUCUUGGACAGGUGCUGGGUUCAGGGGCUUUCGGACGUGUUGUUGAGGCAACCAUCUCUGGUCUGAUUAAUUCUCAUUCUACAAAGGCGGCCGUGAAGAUGGUCAAACCGAGAAGUGAUGCAGUUCAGUCUCUGAUGUCAGAGUUGAAGGUUUUGGUUCAUCUCGGUCCUCACCUGAAUGUUGUCAACCUGCUGGGAGCCUGCACGCGAGGAGGUCCCGUCUAUCUGAUCACUGAGUUCUGUUGUCAUGGAGACCUGGUGAACUACCUGCAGAGGAACAAACAUACCUUUCUACAUGGAGACACACAGACCAAGAGGUCUGUCACACACCCACACUCACACACACGUAGAUUCUGUCCAGUGCUGACUCACCGGCUCAUCCACAGUGACAAUGAUGGAGGUUACAUAGACAUGAACAAAGAGGAGAGCGCUCAGUACGUUGCCAUGAAGGAGCUCAGCUACGCCGACAUCGAACCUGCCGUAUACGAGACACCGUACACGCCUGCAGACCAGCAGGAGGCAUCAUCGCUGCUCCUCAGUGACAGUCCUCUCCUCAGCCUCAAUGAUCUCAUCAGCUUCUCUUACCAGAUUGUUCAGGCUAUGGACUUCCUAUCAUCUAGAAAGUGUGUGCACAGAGACCUGGCGGCGAGGAACAUUCUGGUGUGCGAGGGGAAGCUGGUGAAGGUCUGUGACUUUGGUUUGGCCAGAGACCUGCUGAAGGACCAGGAUUACAUCGCCAGGGGAAACAGCUUCCUGCCGCUGAAGUGGAUGUCUCCAGAGAGCAUCUUCCAGAACAUUUACAGCUCGCAGAGCGAUGUUUGGUCCUAUGGAGUUCUGCUGUGGGAGAUAUUCUCUCUGGGCUGCAGCCCGUACCCCGACCUCCCCAUGACCCAGGAGUUCUACUCUGCUCUGAAGAGAGGAUACAGGAUGAGUCGACCCGACCACGCUCCUGAGGACAUGUACGACGUGAUGAAACGCUGCUGGGAAGAGAAACCUCAGUCCAGACCUUCAUUCUCUUCACUGCUCAUCGCAAUGGGCAACAUGCUGACUGACGACUAUAAACAGCGUUACCUGCAGAUUGCCGAAGACUUCCUGAACGGAGGAAAUCCAGCUGUGCACCGAUACAAGCAGAGUUUAUCCAGCGGUGCAGAGGAGCAGGAGGACGCGCACGCAAGUGCCACCUCUCAGGUAAAUAGGCCAGAGGCGGAGCCAGUAGAGGCAGGUCCCUCGCAUGUCGCUUACAUUCUGCCCGUUACCGAAGUCACAAUUGAAAGCAGCGGUGGCGCUGCGCUGGACGCAGUCAGCCCUUCGAUGUCAGAUUCUCCCGCCAUCUCAUACUCUCCCGAAGUGACAUCAUCAGAGAACAGACAGGAAGCUGUGGGGCCUGAGGAGGAGAGUUGCCUGUGAAGGUUUCACCUGCCUGAAAGGCAGGGUUUAAAUAACCCAUGCAUCUCUGCAAAGGGGCUCCUGUGCCCUGAGUAUGGACUGUAGGAGGUUGUGUAACCUUUUUACCUGCAAAGCUUGUUUAGGUUACAGAGUCAUAGUGUGCUGAGUGUGCAGCAGGUCCUGAUUCACAUUUAUAAACUUUAGUAUCCUCAUGUACUCUGACUUUUCUAUCUGUAUAUCCAAACUGCUGGCCCGUGUCAGGACUGAAGCUCCCAUUAAAAUGUACUCGUGGA